AUGCUCUACCAACUGAGCUACUGUCGCACCGGACCUCACCCAGCUCACCGGACCUCACCCAGCUCACCGGACCUCACCCAGCUCACCGGACCUCACCCAGCUCACUGGACCUCACCCAGCUCACCGGACCUCACCCAGCUCACUGGACCUCACCCAGCUCACUGGACCUCACCCAGCUCACUGGACCUCACCCAGCUCACCGGACCUCACCCAGCUCACCGGACCUCACCCAGCUCACUGGACCUCACCCAGCUCACCGGACCUCACCCAGCUCACUGGACCUCACCCAGCUCACUGGACCUCACCCAGCUCACCGGGCCUCACCCAGCUCACUGGACCUCACCCAGCUCACCGGGCCUCACCCAGCUCACCGGACCUCACCCAGCUCACUGGACCUCACCCAGCUCACUGGACCUCACCCAGCUCACCGGGCCUCACCCAGCUCACUGGACCUCACCCAGCUCACCGGGCCUCACCCAGCUCACCGGACCUCACCCAGCUCACUGGACCUCACCCAGCUCACCGGACCUCACCCAGCUCACCGGACCUCACCCAGCUCACCGGACCUCACCCAGCUCACCGGACCUCACCCAGCUCACUGGACCUCACCCAGCUCACCGGACCUCACCCAGCUCACCGGACCUCACCCAGCUCACUGGACCUCACCCAGCUCACCGGACCUCACCCAGCUCACCGGACCUCACCCAGCUCACCGGACCUCACCCAGCUCACCGGGCCUCACCCAGCUCACCGGACCUCACCCAGCUCACUGGGUGUCUGACUUGCCGAAGGCCAGCAGACGUGUGA